UUUUCGCUAUUUGUGCUUGUUAGAUUGAUAAGCGCUAUAGUGGUACAAUUAUCGACAUGCACGACAUCCACGAUAGAUAACAUUCACUGUACAAGAAUAUCGCCAAUGCAAGGCGACAUUACUGAAAUGGAUGGCAGUGGAAAAAAAAUUAAUAUGAGAAAUUCACUGGUUGCUGAAAUCACUCUAAAAGAAACAGUUUGUCUCAACUUCACGAGUUCGCGAACUCCUCAACUUCAUACAUUUGAAUUUGUUCGAAUGGAACAACAUUUUCCUGUCGUUGCUUCUUAUAAAUUUGGAAUCCCACAAAUUCAUACAUCGUGCAUAUGCGACUGCGCAGGCGCUGAACAAUAUUGCAGUGUUGAAACACAUAAAUACAAAAACUGCAGCAAAGGAUCAGUAUGUUAUCGCACCUAUCAUCCAUUUCAGUCAAACACAGGAUGUAUUUCGUCUUCUCGAAGCGAAGUUUGCUGUGAAAUUAUUAUUGAACCAGCCCAUAACAAGGUUUAUACGGCCGUGAAACUCAAUCAACCCGAUACUAUCAUCAUAUUAAAAUACAGAUUUCUCGAAAGAGCAGCUAAUCGUUGGGUGGAAAUGCUUUCUGAGGAAUUUGAAGCCAUUAUUAACAAGGGCUCAGCAAAAAUUGAAAACAUUGACGGCCACAAAACCGAAAUCCGAGCCACUUCAGGACGUGCGAUUCGUGAAAUGACUGAAGGAUUAUAUUACUUCUGGGAUGAAAAAAGAGUGCUUAUGAGUGGAGUGAGACUGAAUGAUCCAGCUGAAAGCAAUAUACACAAACUUGGAUGGCUGAGGAGAGAAGAAGGAAUUUGGGUGAUAAGGAAUGGCAUAAUUAAAAUCACUGAUUCUCAGCAUAUAACUAUAGAAAAUUGCAAAAGUCAACGAUACUUGACGCGUUACAAUGCUGAUUAUUUCCUGACAGAUAGCAAUGACAUUUCGCAAAUGGAUUUAGGCUUCAGAGUUGAUGAGCUUAGUUGGGUUGAAAGGGUUCUUAUUUCAAGUAAUACCAGAUCCAUACGCGUAUUACAUGCCGAAGGAACUGUUGUUCAUCUUACGAUUACGACUGACAAAAAGCCUUUGAUAGUGCAACAUACUUCCCAGAUCCGAUCAUUCGAUGGUUUUCUCCGAAUGGAUGAUAAAUCGAACCGAUUUCUUAAUCUGUCGCUUAUUGAUGUUAAAGGAACACUUAUUGGAUACAUUCAUCAAUCUGAGGAAAAAACAAAAACAGAAUGGAGUUUUAGUGUGGAGGUUGGAUCGUUCUUAAAGCAUCAUUUUAUAACGACAAUUGGUGGUAUUCCUCCAGAAAUAAAUAAUGAUCGCUACGUAUGCAUACAUCCAGCUGGAGAUAUCAAUGCUGAAAAAUGCAAAUGGCUACAAUAUGAAGCGGAUCCACUACGGCAAGUUCGCUACACACCACGUUGGCAAAUUGGCAUUGGUGAUUGUCCUGGAUGUAAUGAACGUGGAUUCGACAAUUUUUUACAAAAAUUGGAUCCUAGACAGUGGCUAAAUGGUCUAGAUUCGACUACAGAAAUAGUUACAUGCGCUCUUGAAGUCACUCUUGCAAUAGCAACCUUUUUGACCACAGUUCUCAUAUUUACUAAAUGCGUUAUUCCGUUGGCAAGAUGGGUAAUUUGUUUAGCCAGUCCAUCCAAAAAAUAG